GUGCACGCUGGUCCUCUACCUUUCAGCCCAACUCUCCGUUCUAUUCUCAGGGUUUCUUCCCUCCUCUUUUCGCCUGAAUUCACCAUGGCCCUUCCUAAGCAGCUGCUGGGCAAAUGGCGCCUCGUGGAAAGUAAAGGAUUUGACGAGUACAUGAAGGAAGUGGGAGUGGGGAUGGCCCUAAGGAAAAUGGCUGGAAUGGCUAAACCAGAUGUUUUUAUCUCUGAAAAUGGGGAUCUAGUUACCAUUAAGACUGAGAGCACCAUAAAAACUACACAAUUCUCUUUUAAACUUGGUGAGAAGUUUGAGGAAACCACAGCUGAUGGCAGAAAAACUCAGACUCUUUGUACCCUUGACAAUAAUACAUUGGUCCAGCACCAGGCAUGGGAUGGUAAGGAAAGCACAAUAACAAGAAAAGUAGAAGAUGGAAAGCUGUUGGUGGAUUGUGUUAUGAACAAUGUGACUUGCCACAGGGUCUAUGAGAAGGCCGAGUAAAGAAAUUCCAUCUUCAUGUGGGACAGGAAUUAGCUGUUAUGAAUGAACCAGCUCAGUUCAAUGAGCAAACUCUUCAAUCAAACUCUUAUGCUUUUUUCUUCUUUUCAUUAUUGUGGUCUGUUAUCUCAGUGACUGACUACUUACAAACAGUUUUAUUUCCAAGCUUUGAUGUAAUUAGGAUUGUUUUGGCUAGUAAAUAAAGAAUUGUGCUAUUAA